AGAACACAUACUGGAGAGAAACCUUAUGAAUGUAACCAGUGUGGUAAAGCCUUUGCAGAAAACAGUACUCUCUUAAGCCAUAAAGGAACACACACUGGAGAGAAACCUUAUGAAUGUAACCAGUGUGGUAAAGCCUUUGCAGAAAACAGUACUCUCUUAAGCCAUAAAAGAACACACACUGGAGAGAAACCUUAUGAAUGUAACCAGUGUGGUAAAGCCUUUCCACAAAAAAGUCAUCUCAUAAGCCAUAAAAGAACACACACUGGAGAGAAACCUUAUGAAUGUAACCAGUGUGGUAAAGCCUUUGCAGAAAACAGUACUCUCUUAAGACAUAAAAGAACACAUACUGGAGAGAAACCUUAUGAAUGUAACCAGUGUGGUAAAGCCUUUGCAGAAAACAGUACUCUCUUAAGCCAUAAAAGAACACAC